AUGCACGUGGAUACCAUGAAGAAUGCUCGAGUAAGCUCGGUUUAUGAAGGUAAAGAGAGAAAUAGAUAUUCAAGCAAAGGAGAGGAAUUAACUCGAAGGGAUCAUUCAAGAAACGCGAGAUUAACCGCGAAAGCUCGAAUGAAAGUUCACAAAGAGAGCAUGAGAUCUCUGUCUAAACUUAAGAAACCGAUGGUGAUGAUGAGGUCGAUGAGGAAAAACGAAGAGAGGCAAGAGGAUCAUAGAAAUGUUAUUGCUAGGGUUGUUGAGAAGGAAAAGGAUAAGAACGAUGAAGGCGUCAUCAUGGAGAAAAUGGAUGCAAAGACGGAAAUGCACCUUUCAGGGUGGGUCGAGGAGUGGCCGCAAACGUUAACCUAUGAAGAGGAGUGGACGUGGUUUGCGUUUGCGUUUGGAUGGGGAAGGUGGUGGCGUUAUGACGCGGUGAUGAGUGGUGGGAGGUUGUUUAACUAA